GGUACUUUGCUGUCAUUGUGUUUGACUGUGUUGCAGGAAUCCUGUUAGAUAUACAGAAAUACUUCGAGCUUAGCGAUGGGGAUACAGGUCUACUGCAAACAGUCUUCAUCUUGUGUUACAUGCUGGCUGCCCCCAUCUUUGGAUACCUUGGUGACCGGUACAAUAGGAAAAUCAUCCUUGGAGCUGGUAUUUUCUUCUGGUCUAGUGUAACAUUGGGCAGUUCUUUCAUCAGUGAAUUGUAUUACUGGAUAUUCUUUCUUUCACGAGGACUAGUUGGCAUUGGCACAGCCAGUUAUUCCACAGUGGCACCUACCAUCAUUGCAGAUCUGUUUGAGGAAGGAAAAAGGACCACAAUGUUAUCUAUCUUCUAUAUCUUCAUUCCAGUGGGAAGUGGUCUUGGUUAUGUCCUAGCAGCCGGCAUGGCAGAUAUCACAGGUGACUGGCACUGGGCAUUCAGGAUAACUCCUUGCAUGGGAGGUCUAGCACUGGUUCUUCUGAUUCUACUGGUCCCUCACAGGACCCAGAGAAGGACAGCAGCACACAGAGCACUGAGCAUCUCUGGCACCAUAAGAGUAGCAGCUGAGAAACCAGGUGUACACAGAACUGCCAAGACUACUUGGUGUCAAGAUGUCCUAUCGCUAGCCAAGAAUUGGAGUUUUGUCUGGUCCUCACUGGGUCUGACUGCCAUGGCCUUCGUUACUGGAGCCCUGGGAAUGUGGGUACCGCUGUUUCUUUACAGGGCCCAGGUUGUCCAGGGCAUUAUAUCACCAUGCCUCCAAGAAUCAUGCAAUUCAUCUAACAGCCUAAUAUUUGGAGGCAUCACCAUUGGGACGGGAAUCUUGGGUGUCAUUGCUGGGGCAGAAGCUGCAAGAAGAUUAAGGAAGAUAAACAAUAAAGCUGAUCCUCUGAUCUGUGCCACAAGCAUGUUCAUUUCUGCUCUGUGCCUCUACAUAGCUCUGAUGGUGGCCCAGACCAACAUCCUUUCCACUUUUAUUUUUAUUGCAUUUGGAGAACUGUUUCUAUCUGUAAACUGGGCUGUUGUGACAGACAUACUGUUGUAUGUUGUGACACCAAGACGGCAGUCUACAGCUAUUGCUCUGCAGAUUUUGGUGAGCCAUUUGCUGGGAGAUGCAGGCAGCCCAUAUCUCAUUGGGAUUAUCUCCAAUGCUAUCCAGGCCAAGAACGCUCACUCAUUCCAGUGGAGUUUCUGGAGCAUGCAGUACAGCUUUAUCCUGUGUGCUUUUGUUGGUGUCUUUGGAGGAGGUUUUUUCCUCCUGACAUCUUUCUACAUUGAGGAAGAUCGUAAAGAAGCGGAGAGGCUUUGAGGUUUCUAUAUAUCUUUAUAACUUUUAAACCUGUAUCUGAUUGCUUUCCUGUUAGUACACUAGCCAUGAUAUCGGCUCUGUAAAGUUAAAACACAAAU